UUGUAACGAUCAAUAUUAUAGUGUACCGAAUGUUUGACUGUUCAAAUGUUUAGUUAAAUUAGUGCAGAUAACCAAUGGCUGUUUCUCUAUCUGAUUCCAUUCUGGAGGUUAAAACCGAACCACCAGAAUUUCCUAUUGAAGACAUUAAAUGUGAAAUAAAAGAAGAGCCUGAAGAUGAUGAAACAUGUCUGGAGAGAUUCAUGAAUUCCGAUAUAACAAUAAAAGAUGAAGUCAAACAGGAAUCCUAUGAAGCAUCUCAUUAUGAAUGCGAUAUAUGUAAUGAAUCAUUUACAGGGCAGCAUGAUUUAGAACAGCAUAUGCUGGUACAUUAUCAUGAUUGCCCAUUUUGUUCAGAUACUUUUCCAGAUUCAAGCGCCUUAGAUAUACAUCUGAAAAUUCAUGCAGAUGAAAAGCCUUUUGUUUGCACAAUUUGCAAUGAAGCAUUUGCUGGACAAUUGGAAUUUGAUCAACACGUUUGUGUUUGUAAUGGAAAGACAGAUUCAACAUUGAAUAAAUUAUCUGAUAAUCAAAAACAAAGUAAGAGUACACAGAGACCACAUAAAUGUAAAGAAUGUAAUAAGAGUUUCAACUAUCCAAGUUACUUGAAAGAGCAUAUGCUUAUUCACACUGGAGAGCGUCCUUACGAAUGUGAAAUAUGCGAUAAGACAUUCAGACAAAAGGGUGCCUUGAGAGAACACAAACUCAUUCACAGUGGGUUCGUCCUCACAAAUGUGAAAAAUGCGAUAAGGCAUUCACGCAAAUGUCUUUCUUGAGAGCACAUGAAGUCAUUCACAGUGGGGAACGACCUCACAAAUGUGAAACAUGCAAUAAGACAUUUGCUCGAGUGAAUACUUUGAAUAGACAUGUGCUUAUUCACACUGGAGAAAGGCCUCACAAAUGUGAA